GCUCUUUUCCCGCAGGCCUGAUCGGACAUGAAGGCCAACUUCUGAAGCUCGGACGCUCCAUUAAACGUCGGCGCGUGAGGAUGUCGACGAGGACGAGGGCGAGGGCGAGGAGGGGGAGGGGAGGGCAUUAGUCUCCAUCUAAGGUCUGCUUCUGUCAACUCAACUGGUGCGGUGCCUCUUUCAGAUGAGCCAAGACACCGCAGAGACUCGAACACGAACACGCUCUAAAGGCAUUCGAGUUUUGUCAGAACCCUCCGGACAUGAGAUGAAGCAUGAGUUGAGCAGCAGUUGUCCCACCCCUGGAUGCGAUGGCAAAGGUCACGUCAGUGGAAGAUACUUAAGGCAUAGAAGUGCACUGGGAUGUCCAACCGUGAAGAAGAGGAAGCUGGAAGAGGCUGAGGAGAACCAGUCUACUCCCAAGAAGAAAGGUCAGUCUGCUGUAAUGGAGGAAGACGGCGGCGAAGAAGAAGAAGUGUUCACACCACACCACCACAUCGACGAGGAAGACAAUGAGCUGGAGGAGGAGAAAGAGGAGGAAGACCUCCAAGAGAAGAAGAAAAGUCUUGCAAGCAGCGAACCAGAAUCAAUACAAAACCACUGUUCCCCAUUCAUGAAGGAAGACAAUGUGGCAGAAACUGUGGUCUGUUCCACAACGAGAGAGGAGGACAGCAUCACGGUGGAGGCGGAGAAUGAAGUUGUGACCGAGAAAACCGGUAAGGACGAGACGUUGGUGAGCCCAGAACAACUGGCUGAGGAUAAUCAUGAGGAAAGCAAUAAUAGGCCGGACACAAUCGAAGAUAGAGAGACAAUAAGAGGGCAGAGUGACUUUGGGAGAACUGAGCUGGAACAUACAAAAGAAGAGGAGGAGGACGAAGAGGAGGAGGAAGAGCAGAUUGAUGAACAUCAGUUUGUAGACAACAGAGCAGUAGGAAGACAGAUGCUCAGCCAGGAAAUCUCAGACCAUCAAUACUCCACAGGUCAUUACAACCAUCACCAGGUCAACCAGGCAGCAGAAGAGCAGAGGAGGAGGGAGCUGAAAGAGGAGGAGGAGGAGGAGGAAGAGGAAGAAGAGGAGGACGACGACGAAGAGGAGAGAGUCCAACAAGAGGUGGAUACCCCUUACUCCAUGAGUCCACACAGUCAAACAUCUCAGGAAUCUCUUGAUGAAGAAAAGGUCUGCUCUCCCAUGACUGAAGAAGACGCCAAGGAGGAGGAGGAAGCAAGCAAGGUGCCGGUGGAGGAAGAGGAAGAGGAGGACGACCAUUGCUCUGGCAAAGUCUCUCCGGCCACUGUGGUCAUUGAGGUGCGCUCCGAAGAGGACGACGACGAGGAAGAGGACGACGAUGAAGAGGGGCCCGAUUUUAUCUCGGAGGGUUCGGGGAUCACCGACGAUUCGGAGAACUGGGACAUGACUCGGGGCAACCUGGGCCUGCUGGAGCAAGCCAUCGCCUUGAAGGCCGGCGAGGGGACGGAGGGUCAGAGCUCCCAGGACUACCAGUCCUACGACAGCCCCGGCAAGAGCUCGGACGGAGCGGUGCGGCGCAGCUCUCACUACAGCAAAGACAAGAAGGAAGUGAAGUGUCCAACCCCCGGGUGUGAUGGCACGGGUCACGUGACUGGGCUGUACCCUCACCACCGCAGUCUCUCUGGAUGUCCUCACAAGGACAGAAUCCCACCAGAGGUCCUGGCCAUGUAUGAGAACGUCUUGAAGUGCCCCACCCCUGGCUGCACAGGCCAAGGCCAUGUCAACAGUAACCGCAACACACACCGCAGUCUGUCCGGUUGCCCCAUCGCUGCUGCAUCCAAGCUGAACAAGAACCCAGACAAGCAGGUCCAUUUGCAAGCCUCAGUCAGUGAACCCACCUCCAACUCUGACAGAGUGCUCAGGCCUAUGUGUUUCGUGAAGCAGCUGGAGAUCCCCCAGUACGGCACCUACGGGCCCAACACGGUCACCACCACGCCUCGGGCCAACCUGGCCAAGGAGCUGGAGAAGUACUCCAAGGUGUCUUUCGACUAUGCAAGCUUUGACGUGCAGGUGUUUGGGAAGCGUAUGCUCGUUCCAAAGACCACCGCCGCUGAAACAUCACCCAAAGCCUUCAAAACUAAACCCUUCACCAAGGCCUCCUCUCCGCCCCGGACAGGAUCGGGAGCCGUCGCCAAGACCGCGUUGUCGUCCAACGAGUACGACUGCAGUCAAGAUGCCGAGGCGGCCCACAUGGCAGCGACGGCCAUCCUCAACCUGUCCACUCGCUGCUGGGAAAGACCCGAGACCCUCAGCGCCAACCCCAGGGAGCCCUGCACCGAGUUGCCGAGUGUCUUGGUCGUCCAUUUCCAGGAGCCUGACAUUGAAGUGGACGAGAACGGCACCUUGGACCUCAGCAUCAAGAAGAGCAAGAGAGAGAGCGUGCAGUCACCGGAGCCUUCGUCGUCCUCGUCCUCGUCCUCUCAGCACGCGGGAGGAGGUGCGUUAUCUCAGGGCCACACCCAACCUGAGUGGGAGGGGCCGCUGGACUUCACCAAGUCAAGCAGCUUGAAGGAAGAAGGCCACGAUGAGGUGGAUUAUACAGUUACCUCAUACACUUCAUCCGACGUGGAGGACGAGGACCAGGAGAACUUGGAGGACAGGAAGUACCCUGGGGAAGUUACUACCAGCAGCUUUAAGGUCAAGUUUUCACCUAAAGACUGCAAAAAAGACAUUCUUGUAUGUCCCACCCCAGGCUGUGAUGGUAGUGGACACAUCACUGGCAACUAUGCAUCCCAUCGAAGUCUAUCAGGCUGUCCUCUUGCAGAUAAAUCACUACGGACACUCAUGGCUGCCCACUCAGCUGAACUUAAGUGUCCAACUCCUGGCUGUGAUGGAUCAGGCCAUAUCACAGGAAACUAUGCCUCGCAUAGAAGUUUGUCCGGGUGCCCUCGAGCCAAGAAAGGUGGAGUCAAAUUCAACCCCACAAAGGACGACAAGGAGGACUCUGACUUGCUGCGGUGUCCUGUGCCCGGCUGUGACAGUCUGGGCCACAUCAGCGGCAAGUACGCCACGCACCGCAGCGCUUACGGCUGUCCUCUGGCCGCACGCCGCCAGAAGGAGGGUCUUCUCAAUGGCACUCCUUUCUCGUGGAAGACUUUCAAGACCGAGGGCCCCACCUGUCCCACGCCUGGCUGUGACGGCUCCGGACACGCCAAUGGCAGUUUUCUCACACACCGCAGUCUGUCAGGUUGUCCCAGAGCGCUGGCCACUAAGAAGAAAGCCAGGUUCCCAGGAGACGAAUACAUCACGGCCAAGUUCAGAGCCAGUGACGUUCUGGACAACGAUGAGGACAUCAAGCAACUCAACCAGGAGAUCAACCAGCUGACUGAGUCCAACUCAGAGAUGGAGGCUGACAUGGUCAACUUGCACACGCAGAUCUCUUCCAUGGAGAAGAACCUGAAGAGCAUGGAGGAGGAGAACCAGCAGAUUGAGGAGAAAAACGAGGCCUUGUUUCUAGAAUUGUCCGGUCUGAGUCAGGCACUCAUUCACAGCCUGGCCAACAUCCGCCUGCCCGCCAUGCAGGAGCCGCUGUGCCAGGACAACUUUGAGGGCUACGUGGAGACGCUGACCCACAUGUUCACCAACAAGGACCCAGAGAACCGGGCCCUGCUGGAGUCCAUCAACCAGGCGGUGAAGGGAAUCGAGGUGUGAGGAAAGAAUCUUCUUCUGCCGGCCAUCUUUCUUUCUUUCUUUCUUUCUCCAUUUCUUGGCUCUUCUCCCGCCUGCAUGUUGCUUUUGGGACUUUGGGCCAUGAGAACAUAUCCUGUGAUGAUCAUGUUAGUGUUCAGUAGUUCCACACUUUAAUGUGACUAGAUAUUGAUGAUCUCCUCCUUUUAUUCUGUUACUUUCCUCUGCACUGAUGAACAAAGGACAUAUUUUAAGAUAUCAACUAUGAAUUGUUUUAUAAAGUUAUUUAUUUAAAAUGCUGGCAUCUUUUUACAGUAAAUGCAAACAUUUUGUAUAUGAAGGUUUUGAAACAAGCUUUUUAUUUAUGUAUUUAUUGGUGCUUCUGUUCUUAUGAUUUGGGACCACUGAUGUGUUGGACUACUUUGCAGUUGACUCAAAAUAUUCAAGUGCACUAAUUUGUUGCUGAACAAAGUGAUGCUGGUUUUGGUUUUGUGAUGACGACUGUGUGUGGACUCUGUGCUAGUUUUUCAAUAAACCUCCACUAACUAA